UGAGGACCGGGCAGGUGGCAUCGGAGGCUGCAGGACACCUCAUCUGCCCCGAGGAUCCCAGGGAGCCUCAGCCCCCACGAAGAUGACUCGGAGACAGGUCCUCCUCCUGUCCUGCCUCUCAGCCCUGGUGCUCCUUUCCAUGCUGCGGGAGGGGAGCAGCGCGUCUGUGGGCAGCAGGCAGACGGCAGGAGAAGCAGCCCAGGAAGGUGUGAGACAGAAGAUUUUCAUGCAGGAAUCGGAUGCCUCGAAUUUCCUCAAGGGGCGUGGCAAGCGUUCCCCCAGAUCACGCUAUGAGGCCAACGCGGAAAACAGGCAGAAGCUGCAGGCCGACGAGCUGCGGAGAGAAUAUUAUGAGGAGCAGAGGAACGAAUUUGAGAAUUUCGUGGAAGAACAAAAAGAUGAGCAGGAAGAGAGGAGCCGGGAGGCCGUGGAGCAGUGGCGACAGUGGCACUAUGACGGGCUGUUCCCUUCCUAUCUGUACAACCGUUACCACGUCUGACUCCUCCUGAGGCCACUGGAACAAUGAGUAUGAAGCAGCCCCAGCCACCCGGGGCCACCGCAUCCCUUGGAGGGUCCCGGUGUGGAGUCGGCCACACUCCACAGUCUUGGUUAAUCCACACCUUUCAGUCCCACGCCUUCCCAGGCCCUGGCUUCAGCUUCCAUGUGUGUGGAUCAUUUCCUGAGUGAGCAGCUGCCCGUGGCUCCUCUCAGACCAAAGCCACAGUGCUGCCCCCUGCCUGGGCCCUGGAUCCUGGAGUAGACGCCUGUCUGACAGGCAGGCCACAGAAUCAGCAUAGGGAGCAGUGAUUCCAAUGUCUACUCAGUACAAUAAAGAUGCUGAACCAAUCA